AAGCGCACAACAUACACAGCACAACUGCUGUGCAUAUGACGCGUGUGCUGGACAAAGCAUGGAUAUGAUGGACAUGAUGGAGGUGACCGGAGUUGCCCUCAUAAACUUUUUUUCGGGUUCAGCUUGAUCAUUUUUGUCGUUUUGAGUGUAUCCUCUGCUGCAUAAAACUUAAAAGAUACAUAUUGUUUCAUAGCUUGUCUCAAGAUGACAGCACUGACAGCAACCCCCGUCUGGAAUCUGAAGAUUUGGCAUCACUGAAUCAAGGAGAGACUCCAGGAGUGUUGUGUAACAUCCAGCCUCGGUGAGGAUGCUUUCAUAGUGCGCAAAAUUCUGUAACAUUAAGGGAUGGUUGCAAAGUUUGAUGUAAUAUCAAGUCUGCCAUCAACAUAAGCACUUCAAAAAAAUGGACACACAAGGACCUGAUCUGAAUUGUCACCUGAGGGUGCACACGGAUGAGAAACCAUUCGUUUGUGCAACCUGUGGUAAAGCCUUUACUACAGAAAGUGAUCUUCAAAGGCACAACAGGAUUCACACUACUGAGAAACCAUAUGCUUGUGAAAUCUGUGGUAAAGCCUUUGCUCAGCAAGCUAAACUAUGCACACAUGAAAGGAUACACAAGGGUCAGAGACCAUUCCCUUGUGCAACCUGUGGUAAGGCCUUUGCCCGACAAGGUGGUCUACGCGUACAUGAUAGGGUACACACUGGUGAGAAACCAUUUGUUUGUGCAGACUGUGGUAAAUCCUUUGCAACAAAAGGUAGUCUUCAACGACAUGAAAGGAUUCACACUGGUGAGAAACCAUUUGUUUGUGUUACCUGUGGUAAAGCGUUUACUACAAAACUUAAUCUACACCUGCAUGAUUUGAUGCACAUUGGUGAGAAACCAUUCGGUUGUAAGACCUGUGGUAAAGCCUUUACGACAGAAGGCAGUCUUCAAAGACAUGAACGGAUUCACACUGGUGAGAAACCAUUCGUUUGUGAGACCUGUGGCAAAGCCUUUACUACACACAGUCAUCUACGACAACAUGAAAUGAUACACACGGGUGAGAAACCAUUCGUUUGUGCAACCUGUGGUAAAGCCUUUACCCGACAAAGUGAUCUACAAGCACAUCAAAGGAUACACACAGGGGAUAAGCCAUUUUGUUGUGAGACCUGUGGUAAAGCCUUCACAUGGCAAAGUGAUCUGAGCAAGCACAGAAGGAUACACACAGACGAAAAACCAUUUGCUUGUGAGACAUGUGGCAAAGCCUUUACCCGGCCAAGUGGUCUACGCGACCAUCAAAGGCUACACACGGGUGAGAAACCAUUUGUUUGUGACACCUGUGGUAAAGCGUUUACCCGGCAAGCUGAUCUACACAAACAUGACAGGGUUCACACUGGUGAGAAACCAUUCGUUUGUGCAGCCUGUGGUAAAACCUUUACUCAGCGAGCUUAUCUGUACACACAUGGCAGGAUUCACACUGGUGAGAGACCAUUUGUAUGUGGAACCUGUGGUAAAACUUUUACUCGGCAAUGUGGUCUAUACAGACAUGAGAGGAUUCACACUGGUCAGAAACCAUUUGUUUCUGAGACAAGUGGUAAUGCUUUUUCCUCAACCAAAAUGUGAAGACACAGGUCUCAAUGGCUGACCAUAAACAACUAAUUUGUGGGGGGAAAAUUGCCGGGAUGUUAAAUUU